AUGGCAACUCCACAUAGUUCACGUGUCACCCAAACGGCUCAGAAUGAUCUGGAGAAAGUCACUAUGGAGGAUAUCACUCAUGAGGAAGAUAACGAGAACUUGGUAGAAAACAUGGAAGAAACGGAGCAUGUCACCCCUGGCUUUGUGGCCAUGCACAGGGAAAAGAUAACCAAGUAUCUUGACGAUUUAAAGAGACAAGAAAAGUUGGACAGCCUCAGAGCCAGACUCUCUUUUGACACACCGUCUGAUCGAGAAGGGACGGACCCCCAAAGUAAAAACGAUAAGGGGGACCAGCUGGAAACAUUCAUGACGGCCUUGAGACAGAUGUCUUCCGAAGAAAGAGAAGACUUGAUCACCGGUCAGAAACAUAAGGAAAAGGAGAAAGACAACUCAGGUAACACUGGUUUGGACCAACCAUACCUACCACGAGAUUUGGCCGAAGUCUCAAAGUUCACAAGGAGAAUAUCAGAGGCACCCAUGCCCCCCAAGACAAAGCUGCCUCCAGGCUUUGACCGCUACGACGGAACGAGAGAUCCAGAGGAUCAUCUGCAUGCCUUCCGGGGAGCAGGGCAACUUGGAAGGUGGCCCAUGCCAGUGUGGUGCCACAUGUUUGUGCAGACUUUAACGGAAGGAGCCCGACUGUGGUUCGAUAGCCUUCCCCCGGGAAGCAUAUAUAGCUACGAGGAGUUAAGCGAAAAAUUCCUCAGGAACUUCGGCCAACAAAGGAAGGUGGUCAAGAAUCCCAAUGAAAUCCUCCACAUCAGGCAAAGGGACAACGAACGGAUAGACCAAUACAUGGAAAGGUUUGUCAAAGAAAGCAUGAAUAUCAAGGAUGUCCCGGAGGUCAUGAAAAUUCGUAGCUUCAUAAACGGGCUGAAGCAUCCACAACUAUGUGAAAAGCUGGGGGAGGAGUUCCCUCCUUUUUUCGACAAUCUCAUGGACAGGGUUAGGGCUUUCGUCCGGGGAAAGGAUAUGGUCAGCAAGGCUAAGGAGACGGACACCACUCCCCGGAGGGCCACUCCAACGACAAGACCACCUGAGAAAGGGCAAGGCCCUCAUACUCCCCCUACAGACCCCGAGGGAGAGGCCCUCUCCCUUACUCCGACAGCUUCACACCCCUUGUCAAAACUCCAAGGCUUCGGGCACAAAACGGAUGAUUGCAUGUACCUCAAGAGGGAAAUAGAGGCGGCGGUGAAGACGGGAAGACUGGCACACCUGGUCAAGGAAAUCAAAGAAGGGGGAGGGGAUCGUAAGGGAAGAGAUGCAAGAGAGCCCGGGAGGGCAGAUGUUGAUAUGAUAAGAAGAAGAAAUGAAUUUGAUGUUACCCGAAGUGUUAAGGCCAGAAUCCUAGGCUCUCCGAACUGCAUGAAAAUUCCCAUCCUCAUGCCGUACUUGGAAGAAAGCGAAGUACAACGGCUCCCGCUGGACAUCUCAGCUGUAAUAGCUGGACAUAAAGUGUCUAGAAUACACGUAGACGGAGGAUCCGGCGUCGAGGUAAUAUAUGAGCAUUGCUUCCUCAGAUUCGACAGAGAUAUAAGGGAUAGACUGGAGGAGGACUCUAUCCCGUUGGUGGGAUUCAACAACAGUGUAUCACACCCUCUGGGAAAGAUCAAGCUCCCAUUCACAGUUGGUGUAGGGGAUAGGGUCCGGACAAUCAACUUAACCUUCACGGUAGUCAGGGCACCCUCCAAGUAUAACGCGAUUUUGGGAAGACCUGGGAUUGGAGAUCUACAAGCACAAGCAUCUACUCAUCACGGAGCGUUGGUAUUCCAGACACCGAAGGGUCUUGCAUGGGUGAAGUCAGCUUAUGAAGUUGUCUCUUCAGUAUCCAAAGGGUAG